AUGGAAGACAUUGAGACGGAGCAAUCUCGCCAGGUUCGAGUGACGUUGCGAGUCGAUAAGACACGCUCAGCUAUGCCAAAGGGCGUGCGCCCCUUGGGCCUGGAUAUCAAACGAUCCGUUGACGGAGAUAUGCGCGUCGCAGCGUUAUUUCCAACCCAUCGAAGAGUAUUUCAAUCGAUUGGUGACCCCAAAGGUCCCACUGCUCAAGAAAAGCAGAAGUCAAUCUCAGAUGAGGCUCAUGCAUCAUUGCAGUCUCGCCGGUGUGAGGCCUUGGAGCAUUUCACGAGGCGCUCUCCAUACGACGCAAUAUCGCCGCAUUUUGUGGAAAUCAUGCCAACAUUGCUUGAGGAUGUGCAACCGGAAGUCGGAAUUCGUCCCGUUCCUUUCACUGCUUCGGGCGACUCGAGAUUCGAGUCUAUUGGUCAAGUUCACGUGUCUUCGUUCGGCUGUGAGGAUGUACCCAUCAUCUGCAAGGAAGCCAACCCAGCGAGCGGACCAUUUAACAUGAAAAACGUAUGCCUCAUAUCAUAG